AUGACCCCGCCCACAGAACACCUCCUGACCAAUAGGCAUGCGUCUCCUUCUCGGCCCUCAUCCAAUAACAGCAGCCCAGCAGAGCUGUCGGACCAGCUGCGCGAUAAGGAGCGUCGGGCACAGCAGUAUCUGGAGCGCUGUGCCGAGGAGCGAGGGAGGAGGAUGGAGGAACAGAGGAGGAAGGAGAACCUCCGCCGGGCCGCUGCCGAGGACAAGAGGAGACUGCAGCACGGGGUGGAGAAGGAGAGGCUGGAGGCCCUUGUCCGCCGGAGAACAGGGGGAUCCGAGAGAAGAGGAGACGGAGCCGUGGAGGCGCUGGACUCCCUGGAGAGCAGGCCCAAGCGCUGGACCUGGGAGGGACCUCCGGAUGGAGUGGAGGGUAACCCUAAGACCCCGCCCCGCCAUGCCAUUGGCUCAGCUCAGCCCAAUGAGCUUCCUGCUGCUUCACCUGCCAGCCAGUCCCGAAACGGUACAGACCACGUGACUCUCUGUGUGCCACACCCAUUCCUCUGCCACACCAAUGGCCUUUAUCCCCACCCCCACCCCCACCCCCUCAACGACUUCCUGACUCCGCCCCAAAUGGAUCAGCCAAUCAGCAAGCGCCUCUCGAGCUCCUCGGCCGCCCUCCACUCGCCAGAGAGAGCGUCACACGGCACCCAGAGACCAAUCAGAAGUUCCUCCAACCGCAGGAGCAUCGCUGGACUCCCCGAGGAGAGCAACAAAGCAAAAACACCCACGACAGAAUGUCCGACCACGCCUGUCCGCAGUGCUUCCUUCCGAACCCAUGGCAAGGGACCUGGCACGCCAAAACGGGCGAGGUCAGCCAAGGCCCGUGCCCUCUCCCCCUGUUCCCUUGGCCAGUACCCCCCCUCCCCACUCCGACAGAGAGCCCCCACCCCCAGCUCUGAGGACCGGGGGCAUCCUGAGGGCAAAGGUCAGGGAACCCUAGAGAGGAAGCCCAAGAACGAAACAUCAGAGAAGAAGAUUCCCAAAUCCACCAGCAGAGAACUGGCUGCAGAGUCUCCGGGCACACCCACGGGCAGGAACGUUGCCGGGACGACGGAUGCUGAGGAGGCGUCCAGACUGCUGGCAGAGAGACGACGUCUUGCCCGUGUGCAGAAGGAGCAGGAGGAGCGUCAGCGACAGGAGGAGGAGAGGCUGAGGGCUGAGGAAGAGCUGAGGAGGCGUGAGGAGGCGCGGGAGAGGCAGGAGAAGGCGGCAAAGCAGGCCGAAGAGGAGCGGGUGAAGCGUGAGGAAGAGAGGAAGAUCAGGGAGGAGGAGGAAAGACGGCAGAAGGAGCAGCGAUGGAAGAACAUGCAGGAGCAGUUGGACAGAGAGAGAGAGGAGGCGUUCCUGCGUGCCCAGAGAGAGGCAGAGAGGAAGAGACAGGAGAGAGAGCUGCUGCACAUCCAGGAGGAGCAGGAGAGACUGCAGAGGAAGAAGAGAAUUGAGGAGAUCAUGAAGAGGACGCGGAAGAGUGACGUGGAGCCUCCGACCGCUGGCCCAGUCUCCGAGGUGAGGGGCCAGGCUGGCAUAGUUGUGGAGGAAGAGGCCGCGACUCCGGCUGAGGCCCCCGUCAUCAUGCUGGGUCCCCUGGAGAGCAAGAGCUGUUUAGACGAGCUGUCUGAUGGGGUCCAGUCGAUGGACGUCAGUUCUCCCUCUGCCCGCCCCCCCUCCUGCAGCCCCGUGUCCAGGGACGAGCAGGCCAGCGCCCAGGACUUCUCACCGGUCACUGAGGGGAUAGAGGGCGUCAGCAACGCCUGCACCCUGGAGCACCUGCUUGAUCUCGCCGCACAGGGACGCGGCCAAGGACAGGACGCAGACACGCCCCCGUACCCCAAGCUGCAGGCGAGCAGCGGUGCCGCUCUGGGGGACCUGAACAAGAAUCUGCUGAUACAGGCAUGCAACGCUGCCUCUGGUUCAUCUCAGCUCAUCCACAGCCUCAGUCCCAGCAAACUGGACGUCCAGUAA